AUAUAAUUCAUGCUUUCCUCCUUGCUAUUUUAGCCCAAUUUUCCGUUACGCUUGAUAUAGUGCUGCUCCCAGUAUGCAGCCAUAAAAAUCUGUUCCUUUGCCCCCCCUCCCAUUUAAUCACUUUGUCAGUGUUGAGACCCGACCCGACGCGACCCGACCCAUGGAUCUUCUUAAUCAGUUGCAGAGACAGUAUACCGAUUUCACUACCCUUCUCUACCAAGAGGGUUUUGUGGACGAUCAGUUCACUCAGUUGCAAAAGCUGCAAGAUGAGAGCAGCCCUGAUUUUGUGGUGGAGGUUGUGUCUCUCUUCUUUGAAGAUUGUGAAAAGCUUGUUAACAAUAUGGCCAAAGCCUUAGAACAGCAGGAUGUUGACUUCAAACAGGUGGAUUCUCAUGUCCAUCAACUGAAAGGUAGUAGCUCCAGCAUAGGUGCAGCAAGAAUUAAAAAUGUCUGCAUUGCCUUCAAAACUUUUUGUGAAGCCCAAAACCGUGAAGGGUGUUUGAGAUGUCUGCAACAAGUGAAUCAUGAACACACUCAAUUGAAGACCAAUCUUCAAUCUUUAUUCACGCUGGAGCGACAGAUUGUGGCAAAUGGGGGGUCAAUUCCUGUGAUGCAAUAAGUAAUGUUGAUAUAAUCUCCUUUCGACACAAAUAGAAAGGUGAAAGUUAAUGUUACAGAUACAAUUGUAAGUUCAAGAUACUUGGGAGUUCUUUGAAAUUUGUAUGAUAGAGGGGUAUGUUAAUUGACUUUUAUAUAUCUGCUGCCGCAAAGCAUAUAACUUUUGCCCCCUUUUAGGGGUGUUUAGCAAAGUGAUAGAAGUUGCCUUUCAAA